GAGAUGAUGAGUCAAAAAAGAGUCCGAGAGUUUCUCUCUCUGUCGGUGAGGGCGGCUGUCCAAAUCACAAAUCCUCACUCACUUUUUCAAUUAUUUCCAUUUGCCCCUCACAUCCUUCAUCUGUUUCAUUUUUUGUUCCUUUCAAAGAAACUAAUUUCUUUUUAAUUAAAAAAAGAAAAAGAAACCAUCAAUGACCAAAUAUGUCUGCAUUAUCAGUUGGCCACUCUCGGCUGGAGCUCUGAGAUGAAUGAAAGAAACAUACAGAGAUCACUCUCUAUGUUUUUGUUUUCUUCUCCAUUUCAGCCUUUUUGAGCUUUCUAUUUUGGUUCUCUGAGUUCAUAAAUCACUCCACAGAGCUCAAAACCUGAGUACUUUAGUACUUACCAUGUUGGUUCAAGAUCGUCAAAACCCCAAACCCCAUCAAAUCCCACUCGCUAAUCCCUUCCCUGAAUCCAAACCCUUCGAUUUCUCCAACUGGGUCUCUCUCAAUCUCUUCAAACUCGCCACCCUUUUCUUCCUUACCCUCACAAUCGCUUCCUUCUUCUUCCUCCGAGGAGCUCCCGAUUCUGCUGCAUUUCUUUGCUUCAACUCUCGCCCUAAACCCUCUCAACUCACCCAUUUGCCCAAAAUCAACUUCGAUUCGAUUCAUCCCCUUGUCGAUAAAUCCUCAAGUUACGCUUCUUUUAGCUCUGAUCGGUGGAUUGUUGUUUCUGUUUCGAGUUAUCCUUCUGAUUCGCUUCGAAAGCUUGCGAAAACUAGAGGAUGGCAGGUACUAGCUGUGGGGAAUUCUAGAACCCCAUCGGAUUGGAGUCUUAAGGGAGUUAUAUAUCUGUCUCUAGAGGAACAAUCUAGCUUAGGAUUUAGAGUUGUGGAUUUUCUUUCUUAUGAUUCUUAUGCUAGAAAGACUGUUGGGUAUCUUUUCGCUAUCCAACAUGGCGCGAAAAUGAUAUUCGAUGCAGAUGAUCGGGGCGAAGUGAUUGAUGGGAAUCUUGGGAAGCAUUUUGAUUUGAAACUGUCCAAUGUAGACACACUGCAGGAGAGAAUCUUGGAGUUCGAUUUUGAGAACCCCAAUAAAACCGUCGUGAAUCCAUAUAUUCAUUUUGGACAGCGAUCGGUUUGGCCUAGAGGGUUGCCAUUGGAGAAUGUAGGAGAUGUUUUGUAUGAAGAACAUUACAACCAAAUAUUUGGAGGAAUGCAGUUCAUUCAACAAGGCAUAUCCAAUGGUUUACCAGAUGUAGAUUCAGUGUUUUACUUCACACGAAAGACAAGUUCCCAGGCAUUUGACAUAAGAUUCGACGACCACGCACCGAAAGUUGCCAUACCUCACGGGGUGAUGGUACCAUUAAAUUCUUUCAAUACUUUGUUUCAUAAUUCAGCAUUAUGGGCUCUUAUGCUUCCUGUUUCUGUUAGUACAAUGGCUUGCGAUAUAUUGAGGGGUUAUUGGGCACAAAGACUUUUAUGGGAAUUAGGAGGUUUUGUAGUGGUUUAUCCACCGACAAUGUUUAGAUAUGAUGACAUUGAAGGAUAUCCAUUUUCAGAAGAGAAAGAUUUGCAUGUGAAUGUAGGGAGAUUGGUGAAGUUCUUGAGUUCAUGGACAUCAAACAAAGCCACGUUCUUUGAGAAGGUAAUGGAAUUGAGUAAUUCAAUGGGAGAGGAAGGGUUUUGGAAGGAGAAUGAUGUGAAACUGAUUGGAGCUUGGCUUCAAGAUUUGGUUUCUGUUGGGUAUAUUCAACCAAGAAUGAAGGGAUUUGAAAUGAAGAAACAGAGGAAAAGAAGGAUUGGUGAUGGAAGGAGUUUUGUUCCUAAAAAAUUGCCUGGUUUUCAUCUUGGGGUGGAAGAAUCUGAGACGGUGAACUUUGAGAUAGGGAAGUUGAUUAGAUGGAGGAAGAGAUUUGGUAAUGUGGUGAUGGUUUUGUUUGUUGAAAAUGGAGAUGUGGAGAGAACUGCCAUGAAAUGGAAAUUGCUUUAUGGAAGGAUUUUCAAAACUGUGGUGGUUGUGGCAGAACAUGGCAGGGAAGAUUUGGGAGUGGAGGAAGCUUCCUUGGAGUUUAUAUACAAGUACCUGCCCAUGGUAUUUGAAAAAUUUCCUAAUGCAGAAGGAUUCUUGUUCCUCCAAGAUAACACCAUUCUCAACUAUUGGAAUUUACUGCAAGCAGAUAAAGAUAAACUUUGGAUCACUUACAAGGUAAUGAUGCAGGUCUCAGUUGUAUCUCUCUUGCUUUAUAGAACGGUUGAAGAAUUAUAUAAUUGUUUCUCUUUCUCACAGGUUCCUCAAUCUUGGACCAGAGUCAGUGAUGAUUCUGUCUUGUUUGCUAAACAAGCAGACUGGGUGAAGAAGGUAGUGAGCACAAUGCCUGUUCAUUUUCAAGUCAACUAUAAGGAAAGUAACCCAACCGAGCAAGGACUCACAAUUUGCAACAGCGAAGUGUUUUACGUACCUCGGCAGUUUGUGGGAGACUUCACGGAUCUUGUAGCUCUUGUUGGUAACUACAAGAUUGAUUACAGAGUAGCUGUGGCAAUGUUCUUCAUGGCAAUGGAUUCACCCCAAAAUUUCGACGACAUUUUCAGCAGAAUGGUUUAUAAGAAGAUACCAGCAGAGGAACUGUCGAGUAAUGUUACAAACUUGUAUGCUGCUGAAGUUCCUGCUGUUCAUCCAUGGAGGGUUUCCAAUGAAGUGGAAUUUGCUGAGCUUAUGAGACUUAUGGCUGCAGGUGAUCCGCUACUGAAAGAGCUGGUAUAAGAAUUGAAAAUACGGGAAAUCUGAAUGUAUAAAUGAUGUGCAAUUUGCAGCCAUAUCUUUUCCUCAAGUUUUUUCUUUUCUGGGUUAAAUUAUUUUUUCUUUUUCACAUUCAAAUUUUUGUAGAGGUAGUUCAAAGGAAAUACCAAAGUGUUGUAUAUUGUUUUCCUUUCAAUUUUCCGAAUAUAUAUACUUACAUGAUGAAAAUACUUGAGAGCUAUGAAGAUUCAAAAAUUAGAGA